CAGAUAAGGGAGGUGGUAACUAAAGACAGUAGCAGAAUGACAACCAGAAUAAAAUAAGUUCAAACAGCACAUCCUGCCUUCUUCCUAAAGCCAUUUCCUUACACAGUGAUAGGGACUGCAAGUCAUUAGUGCACUGCUGUUUUCACUUUCACAAAACCCAGGAAACCAUCGAAGAGCAAAGUUUCCCUCUCUUGCCCACUGUUACCUUCCAACCCUUUUUUUUCCCCCCAUCUUCUCUUCUUUAGAGACAACCGAAUAGGAACAAUCCUCAGCAAUCCGCUGUUUUGCUCCCCUGAGGAUGGGGACGGGGGAGGAUCUGGUGAAAAGUGGAAAUGGAGAUAGAGGAAGGUCUAGGAUUCUCUAGUACUAUGACUCAAGCAGAGAUUAAACUGUGUUCAUUGUUGCUGCAAGAGCAUUUUGGAGAGAUUGUAGAGAAAAUUGGAGUCCACCUAAUUAGAACUGGCAGCCAGCCCCUUAGAGUAAUUGCCCAUGACACAGGAACAUCGCUGGAUCAGGUGAAAAAAGCCCUUUGUGUCCUCAUCCAACAUAACCUGGUGAUAUAUCAAGUGCACAAACGCGGUGUGGUGGAGUACGAAGCCCAAUGCGGUCGGAUGUUGCGGAUGCUUAGGUAUCCACGCUACAUCUAUACUACCAAAACCCUGUACAGUGACACUGGAGAGCUGAUUGUUGAGGAGCUCCUGUUGAAUGGCAAAAUGACAAUGUCAGCUGUCGUGAAGAAAGUAGCAGACAGGCUCACAGAGACCAUGGAGGAUAGCAAGACCAUGGACUAUGCUGAGGUAUCAAACACAUUUGUGCGACUGGCAGACACGCACUUUGUACAGCGCUGCCCCUUGGUGCCUGCCACUGAGAAGUCAGAGCCUGGGCCACCGCUGCCUGCCCCCACUCUCGUCAUUAAUGAGAAGGACAUGUACCUGGUUCCUAAGCUGAGCUUGAUAGGGAAAGGUAAAAGGAGGAGAUCAUCUGAAGAAGAUGCUGCUGGAGAGCCCAAGGCCAAGAGACCAAAGCAUAGCACAGAUAACAAGGAGCCCACUCCAGAUGACGGGAUUUAUUGGCAGGCCAACCUUGACAGAUUCCGCCAACACUUCCGUGACCAGGCCAUCGUGAGUGCAGUAGCCAACAGAAUGGACCAGACAAGCAGUGAGAUUGUGCGGACCAUGCUCCGGAUGAGUGAGAUUACCACUCCCUCCAGUGCUCCCUUUACCCUGCCCUUGUCUUCCAAUGAGAUCUUUAGAUCCCUUCCCGUCGGCUAUAACAUCUCGAAGCAAGUUCUUGAUCAGUAUCUUACUCUUCUGGCAGAUGAUCCACUGGAGUUUGUUGGAAAGUCUGGCGACAGUGGUGGAGGAAUGUAUGUCAUCAAUCUCCAUAAGGCAUUAGCAUCCCUAGCCACAGCCACACUGGAGUCUGUCGUACAGGAGAGAUUUGGGUCUCGCUGUGCCAGAAUAUUCCGCCUAGUUUUGCAAAAGAAACACCUGGAGCAAAAGCAGGUGGAAGACUUUGCCAUGAUUCCUGCAAAGGAAGCAAAGGAUAUGCUGUAUAAGAUGCUUUCAGAAAAUUUCAUGUCACUUCAGGAAAUUCCCAAAACACCAGACCAUGCCCCAUCCAGGACCUUCUACUUAUACACCGUGAACGUUCUGUCAGUUGCCCGAAUGUUAUUGCACAGGUGCUAUAAGAGCAUAGCCAACUUGAUAGAAAGGAGGCAGUUUGAAACCAGAGAGAACAAGCGUCUACUAGAAAAGUCUCAGAGGGUAGAAGCAAUCAUCGCAUCUAUGCAGGCUAUGGGUGCAGAGGAGGCCCAACUACAGGAAAUAGAGGAGAUGAUCACAGCCCCUGAACGUCAGCAGCUAGAGACCCUGAAACGUAACGUCAACAAGUUGGAUGCCAGUGAGCUCCAGGUGGAUGAAACUAUCUUCCUGUUGGAGUCAUACAUCGAGAGCACCAUGAAGAGACAAUGACCUAGAAGUACCUUCCUCAAAAGACCUGGGGGGAUGGAGAGAAAAAUAAAGGAGGUGCCUGGAUACAUUC